CAAAUAGAUAUACAGCUUGAAGGUCAUUCUGAUAGUGAUUGGUUCAGAUUAAGGAGUUAGUGCGCGUUCUUACCAGUGGGGAGUGUAUAGUUCUUCCAGUUUAUAAACAUUCAAAGUGGUCUCAUGUUGGCAUAAUACAUUCGCAACGUCUCAUGUCUGGGCCAGGAAAUUUGAAUGAUGAGCCGAUUCUUGACUCGAAAGUCAAGUACAAUAUCGGCGAACCUUCUCAGGAUGAAAUUGAAGAUCAUCGGUCAAAGCUGUCUAUGAUAGCUGGGUUAUCCGUAAACAAUGAUAUAGCUACGCUUAGCACGUCACAGUUUCCCCAAGGAAUCGCAUCAGGACCUUCAGCUCAUCGUCACCGUCGGCGACGUAAACGCUUUGGGGCAAAUGUUACGAGGGAAGAAGGCUCUAAAGCAUAUCCCACAAAUCCAAGUGAACAUGUAAUGUUUUUACUUGGUGAAUGUGAUGGAGAUGAUGAGCAAACACAUCAAUUAUUCUGUGAAUUAGAUGAACUAUGGAAUGAUCCAUCCGGAUCAGGGGAAACCGAAUGGCGAGAAGCUGCAAGAUGGAUUAAAUUUGAAGAGGAUGUUGAAGAAAACGGAGAACGUUGGUCUAAACCACACGUAGCUACACUGUCCUUAUUCUCUGUAUUUGAACUACGCAGUUGUCUAGCGAAUGGAGUAAUUAUGUUGAAUUUGGAAAGUUAUACCAUGGAACAAAUUGCAGAUUUAGUUUUAAAUUUAUUAAUAUCAGAAGAACGUUUACCGUUAGAUCAAAGAGAUCUUUUAUUCAAUGUACUAUUACGUCGUCAUGUUCAUUUACAUGAUAGACUUCGACCAAAACUUAUCGGUCGAAGUACUACAAAUCUUCCAUUAAUUCGAUCAUUAGCAGAUAUUGGUAAAAGACAUUCAGCAAAAGAUGUGGAAAAAGCUGGAGAAACACCUUUUACAUCGCUGGCUAAAAUGCCUACAUUAACUGGAAUGGAUUCAUUGGAUCCGGCUACAGCUGCUCAUGUUACAGCUCAUGCACAAGCACAACCUUCUGGACCAUCUGAAGUAAUGUCUGGUAGUUUACAAGGAAAAUAUGAUUUACAUUUUUUGAAAAAAAUUGCCCCUGGAUCAGAGACAUCCAAUAUAUUGGUUGGUGAAACAACAUUUUUAACAACACAAAUUACUGUAUUUAUUCGAUUAAAAGAAGCUGUAUUACUUGGUGAUUUAACUGAAGUCCCUGUACCAACAAGAUUUUUAUUUAUACAUUUGGGUACUAUGAAUAAUGCAGCGAAAUAUCGUGAAAUUGGUCGUUCAAUGGGUGUACUUAUGUCGGAUGAAGUAUUUCAUGAUGUUGCUUAUAAAGCUCGUACUAGAGCAGAUUUAUUAGCUGGUUUAGAUGAAUUCUUAAGUGCUGCCACAGUAUUACCACCUGGUGAAUGGGAUCCAUCAAUACGUAUUGAACCACCGGCAUCUGUUCCAUCACAAGAUAGUAGAAAAACAACAGUCAGUAAUGGACCUCAGUCAACUGUUCUACCGCCUCAAAUUACUACUUCUGAACCUGGUGCAGCAGUUGUUGAACAACUUCACGUUGGUGGAGAUAAACUUGCCAGUCUUUGUUUAGCUGCUGUGGGUAAUGCUACUCCACGUAAUAAUCAACCAUUGGAUGGUGUUACAAAACUUAGUGGACAAAGUGAUUCAAUACAUAAAUCGAAAAGUGAUCUUGCACGAAGUACUGGUAGUCGUCUAGAAUUGACAAAUAUCGAAUCUGGCGGUGGCGGUGAUGAUCAUGGUGGUGGUGGUGGUGGAGGUCAUGGGGAUGAUCCAGCAUUGAAUCGAACAGGACGUAUCUUCGGUGGUCUUAUUCAAGAUAUUAAACGUCGUGCACCGCAUUAUGUCAGUGAUUUCACUGAUGCUAUCCAUGUACAAUGUUGUGCAAGUUUCAUUUUUCUUUACUUUGCUUGUUUAACACCAAUUAUAACAUUUGGCGGUUUAUUAGCACAAGCAACUGGUGGUUAUUUAGGAACAAUUGAAAGUAUUCUAUCAGGUGCAGUUGUAGGUAUUUUAUAUUCAUUAUUCUCUGGACAACCAUUAACUAUCAUGGGUAGUACUGGACCUGUAUUAGUAUUUGAAAGUAUCGUAUUUCGAAUGUGCACGAAAAUGGAAUGGUCAUAUUUAAGUUUUCGUUUAUGGAUUGGUAUAUGGGUAGCUAUUGCUCUACUCAUUAUGGUUGCAUUGGAUUUAAGCGCUUUGGUUAAAUUUAUUACACGUUUCACUGAAGAAUCAUUUGCAGCAUUGAUAGGUUUAAUAUUUCUCAUUGAAGCAUUAAAGAAAACUUAUGCCAUUUCAAAAAAAUACAAAGUGGAUUUAGCCUGGUCACCAGAUUUAAUUGAUAAACAUCAUUGUGCAUGUUUUCCAUCACCGAAUCAAACAGAUUUUCAAACAUUAUCUACAAUGUAUGAAACACAUCCACUGACACAUGUUCCAUUAGUUGGAUUCAAUUCGACUUUUGAAGCAGAAUCUGUAGAAGAUUUUGUUGGAUUCGAAAAAACCGCGAAAAAACCUGAGUUCCGAUUAAAACAAAACGCUCAAUAUGGAUUUAAAAGAGACAACUACGAAUUAUAA